GAUGUGGUGGGAACUUUGGUGGAACAGAACAUUGGAGCAUACCAGAGGCCACCUGGUUGAGCUAAUGAACUCUCACAACAUUCUCAUCUCAAAUCUCACUUUCCUCAAUUCUCCCUUUUGGACCAUUCAUCCCGUUUACUGCAGUAAUGUUGUUAUCAAAGACAUGACAAUCUUGGCUCCUCUCAACGCACCAAAUACAGAUGGUAUAGAUCCAGACUCAAGCACCAAUGUAUGCAUUGAAGACUGUUAUAUAGAGAGUGGGGAUGAUCUUGUAGCAGUAAAGAGUGGUUGGGAUCAAUAUGGUAUCGCCAUGUCCCGUCCAAGUUCCAACAUUAUUGUCAGGAGAGUUUCUGGCACUACGCCGACAUGUUCUGGGGUCGGAAUUGGUAGCGAGAUGUCCGGUGGAAUUUCAAAUGUAACUGUUGAGGAUUUGCAUGUUUGGGAUUCAGCAGCUGGGGUGCGUAUAAAAUCAGAUAAAGGUAGAGGGGGAUAUAUAGCAAAUAUCAGUUUUAGCAACAUAACCAUGGAGAGAGUCAAGAUACCCAUAAGGUUCAGUAGAGGCUCUAAUGACCACCCUGAUGAAGGAUGGAAUCCCAAAGCUGUCCCCAAAGUGAAGGGUAUUUUUAUAAGUAAUCUGCUCAGUUUAAAUUCAACAAAAGCACCCGUACUGGAGGGCAUUGAGGAUGCAAUAUUUGAAGAGAUAUGCUUUAAAAAUGUCACACUUCUUGGCUUAGCUCCAUCCAGGACAUGGAAGUGUGAAUUUGUUUCAGGAUUUUCCAGUAAGGUGCUUCCAAUGCCAUGUCCACACUUGCAGAACAAUGGCUCUCCCUCCUGGUGUUCACACAGCUCAUAACUUCUUUGGAAAGUUCCAGAUUUUGCAUAAUGAGAAAAAUUAGGCUUGAAUUUUCAAGAGUUCACUUGAAGUACUUCUUAGCAGUCAUGCAAUGAGAGAUUUGAAUCAGUGAUCACAUUGUGGGCAUGACUGGAUUGACAGCUUGUGAAGUUCACAUGAAAUUGUUUCCUUGACAUGGGUGAGUGGGAUGUCAAGCUGGUGUACCUCUGAGCUCAAAGAGCACUGCAGUUCAGAUAUCAUCAGCCUUCAAUUUUUGGCAUCCAAGCAGUUUUCUUGUGAAGUUUGAACUUGCUUCCUGACAGGUUUUUCUGACAAUUUCAAGAUAUAUAAAUUGAUUUACAGUUACAAACUUUUUUCUUGAAUUCCAUAAUUGUUUUGUUGUUAAUCACAGAUACUACACAUUCAACCAUGAGAGAGAGAGAGAGAGAGAGAAACAUGUAUAGGGAUACAUAGGUGAAAUGUAACACGUACAGAACUUGUGAAUCAUUUCAUUGAUGAGAAGCUCAUGUUAGUAUUUGAAUGUUGCCCUGUUUAUCUGCUUCUGGUUCACUUUCUAAAGUAACCAUAACAAAAAAAA